AUGCAGCUCCUCGCCUCCGUCUCCCUGGCGCUUGCGGCCCUCGCGGCCGGCGCCAGUGCGCUGCCGCACCCGUCGUUCGACAACAGCACCGUCGGCCUGGAGCGCCGCGGCGUCUCGGGCUACGGCACGGCGCGCAAGGUGCGCGGUGUGAACCUCGGCGGCUGGUUCGUGCUCGAGGCCUGGAUGACGCCGAGCCUCUUCACGCCGGACCUCGUGGCCAAGGGCGCCAUCGACCAGUUCACGUACAUGCAGGCGUGGGGCGACAACGCCAAGGCGCAGGCCGCGCUCGAGCAGCACUGGGCCAGCUGGAUCACGGCUGCCGACUUUGCGCAGAUCAAGGCCGCCGGCCUGAACACGGUGCGCAUCCCCAUCAACCACUGGAUGUUCGGCGUCGCACCCAACACGCAGGGCGCCAGCUCCGAGCCGUACCUCACCAACGGCGCCGAGCUGCCGUACGUCGACCAGGCACUGCUCUGGGCGCAGCAGUACGGCCUCGAGGUGCAGCUCGACAUGCACACGGCGCCCAACAGCCAGAACGGCUUCGACAACUCGGGCCGCCAGGGCCCGAUCAACUUUGCCGCCGUCACGCCUGACGACAACAUUGCUCGGCUUGAGUACGCCCUCGUGCAGGCCGUCAAGCGCUACGUCGUCGACAGCAAGUUCGGCGGCGUCGUGACGUCCGUCGAGGCGCUCAACGAGCCGGCCAUGUGGUGGACGCCGACGAUGACCAAGGACUUCAUGGUCAACGUGCACAAGCGCGUCUACAACUCGAUGCAGGCGGCCAUGUCGAGCGUCGCCACGAAGCCCAAGAUUGUCUUCCACGACGGCUUCAUCCAGCCGCUGACGAGCAACUGGGACAACGUGUACACGGACCUGCCGGCCGGCACGUACGCCAUGGACAUCCACCGCUACCAGGCCUGGGCGCCGCAGAACACCUACUCCUUCGACCAGCACAUCUCCUACACGUGCGGCAUGGCCAGCGAGCUUGCCACGUCGGGCGCCAAGCGCCCCGUCGUGAUGGGCGAGUGGAGCCUGGCCAUCGGCUGCACCAACUGCUCGUACGCGACCAUGGCCGACAACAUCAACAGCCAGAACAACGCCACGCAGAACCGCUUCAUGCGCCGCUUCUACGAGGCCCAGGUCGCGACCUACGAACGGGCGAACGGGUGGAUUUUCUGGAACUGGAAGACGGCGUCGCGGGGCGACUGGAGCUUCAAGGACGCGAUGGCGCAGGGCUGGAUCCCGUCGAACGUCGCCGACCGCGUCUUCGCGACCGACUCGAACGGCUGCCCGACGAACACGCUCGCAUCGGGCAAGACGCUCACCUUUGCCACCGAGAGCACGCCGACGGCGGCGCCCGUGACGACGACGUCGACGACGACGACGUCGGCGGCGCCGGUGCAGACGCCCGUCGUCGUGCCCGUCACGGCGCCCAACAGCGCGUACCGCAUCUCGUGGCAGAUCGACGGCAAGCGCUCGUCGUACGGCAGCAGCACGGGCUACAUCCGGCGCGACACCGUCGGCAGCGUCUGGCUCGGCCAGUCGCAGGCCAAGACGUGCGCCAACAACUGCGAGGCGACCAAGGGCUGCGCCAUGGCCGAGCUCAUCCGCUUCGACGGCGGCAAGGAGGGCCAGGCCGUGUGCGCGCUGUACAAGACGUACCAGCAGAAGUCGACCGUCACCUACACCGCCGGCCCGACCUCGUCGGGCGGCCGCGUCGUCACGAGCUACGCCAUCCGCCGCAACGCCGGCCCUGUGAAGCGCAAGCGCGACGAGGAGGCCGUCGAGGCCGAGGCCGACGUGUCGCCGCGCGGCAUCGAGGAGCUCUUCCCGCUCAUCCGCGCCACGGGCAAGCGCAUCAACACCAACGCCUUCCCGGUGAUCAAGAAGACGACCUUCAACUUCGGCCCCGUCAGCCACUGA